AUGAUGGAGACGAUUGUGGUGGAGGCGCUGAGAAAUCUAUGGGGAAAUAUCAACGAGGAACUGCUGGUGUACGAGGAGAAGCUGGAGGAGGUCGCGCAACAGGGGGAGGAGAAGCGGCGUAGGGAGACAGGAAGUCAUCGUGUACGUGGGCGAGCUUCAAGCGCGCUCAUCUCGAUCGUCAAGGCGUCGCUACGCGCGGUCUUCCGCGGGGGGAGCUUCGUCGACGGGUGUGGUGUGGACGCGAGAAUAGCUCCGCCGUUCAUGGAGGCAACCGAUGCGAGUCGACUGGGCCAUACCUUCUGCCCGAGCCUCGGCCUCGGCGCCAGCGUCGCCAUCGAGGACGCAUGCGCCGCGGGGCUCAUCCUCCGCGAGGGCGCGAAGCAGGGGAUGGGGGUGGAGGCGAUGGCGGGGCAAGCGGCGCGGCACGCCGACGAGCUGCUGGCGGAAGUCGAGGCUGAGAAGCGCGCCAAGGGCAAGAAGGGCAAGAAGAAGAAGAAGGGCGGAGGGGCGGGCGCUAGGCCGUCGCAGGAGACGGAGGAGGGUGCCGAGGCGCCGUCGGAGGCAGCCGCAGACGAGGCCGCAAAGAAGGCCGAGGAGGAGAGAAUUAUCAGGCUUCUCGAGCAGUGUCACGAGGAGCGGAUCCGGCUCGGCAUCACGGCGGAGAGCCAGGCAGCGGCGUCGGCGGAGGUGGCCAAGGCGGUGCGAUUGGACGCUGAGGCGGACGAGGCGGAGGAGGAGGCGGAGGCGGACGAGGAGGCACUGGCGGCUGCCGAGGAGGCGCUGGCGGCUGCCGAGGAGGCGCUGGCGGCUGCCGAGGGGGCGCUGGAUGAGGCGAGGGCCGCAAGAGACGCGAGGCGUGCUGCUGCUGCCGCUUCGAUGGCCAGGGCGGUUGCAGCCAGGGUGGCGGCGGAUGCGGCCCAGGAGCGCUCAUAG